AUGAUUCAUGCUUUGAACGAAGCAUUAUCGAAAUUAUGGAAUGUAACUGAAAUUGAAGUGCCGAAUUUAUUGAAUAUUGAGAAGAAUUUAUGCAAGGUAGAUGGACUUUUGAAGCCAUUUUUAGAACAAAAUGAAGAAAGUUUUGGAGGAACUUAUAUUAAUGUAAAAAGUAAUAAAAUAAUCAUCAUGAUAGUAGAUGAAACAAAGAAGGAUAUUAUAUUAAAUUCAUCUGAUAUACAACCGCAUAGAGAGUUAUUAAUAUUUGUACUCGCAAUAAAUUCUCUAUCAUCCUUAAAAAACUCGUCAAAGCAAAUAGUCGCAAAAUCGCGUACGCAUCAUCCAGUUGGCGUAUUUAUAUACAUUGACAUUGAAGAAAAUAACAUUGUCAUAUUUCUAGCUCAUAUAGCCGAUAGACGUAAUAAACCUUUUAUAGACGCUAUAAGAGAAGAUAAUCCUGUUAUACGUUAUUACGAUGUGAACGUGCAAGGGCAACCUUCUAGAACACAACCUCGUAAUUCGACUCACACCAAGCGUGGAAUAGAUCGACAAAUAAUAAAUGGAGAUUUUAUAUAUAAUUUAGGUAGCAGGGCUAAAUGUACAGCGGGUUUUCCGGUAGCAGAUAGAGAACUAAAGAAUUAUAUUGUAACGGCGGGACAUUGUAUUGAUUCUAAUAAUACAGCUUCGGAUCAUAAUACUUUUUAUAUGAUGCCGUUGAAUUCUUCUGAAAGUGAUGAAGUAUUGAGAUUUCGUAAAAAAGAUUUAAUUGGGCCAAUGGUACUUCAUGAUUUAGAAGAAACUGAUUUUGGCUUAAUCAGAUUAACAAAUCCAGAUAUCAAACCAACAAACGUGAUAAGAAAUACAAAUUCAGAUCCAUAUAGACAACUAUUUAUAAAAGAUCGUGAAAUUAUAUCGACCCAUGGUGCUCACUUAUGUAAAUCUGGUGCGACUACAUUUGUUACUUGCGGAUACACAAAAUCAUUCGAGGGAUAUUUUAUCUUUGGUAAUGAUGUUAAGUAUGAUUUGAUUGUUACAGAUUUUCUUGCUGCUCAAGGUGAUAGUGGUGGUCCUGUUUUCUAUUCACGGGAUUUACCUUAUGUGAGUCUACAUGGUAUUAUAACAAAGGGUAUAAAUUCUAGAGAAUGGGGAAAAUUGACUUUUAUUGUAAAAGAAGGUUAUACGAUUAACGCAGUUAUAAAAGACCCUAAUUAA